CUGACCUCUCUCGAGCCUUUUCUUCUUCUUCUUCUUCUAAUAUUCUUAUAAUCUUCUUCUUCUUCCAUUUCUUUCUCAAAGCCAUUUCGUUGUAUAUAUAAAUACCAAUGUUUCAUUCAAAUCUUUUACAUCCAAAAAAUCAGAUUUUGUUAACCGCUUUAUGAGAGCUAUAGCACAUAGAUUACUGUUCAUUACAAAACCAAUUACUUCUCCACCAAACAAUUUCAAAGUCCCUUCUUUUAUAAGAAACACCAUGUCUCAAUCAGAUCAAGCUCCCAAUUUUAGCAAUCCCAGAUUGGUUGUCAAGAAGGUUUUGGCCAAGCUUCAACAUGAAGGUGAUGGUGCUCUUGUUAGGAGAGGCAUUGGAAGGAGUGAUUUGAGAAACCUGGAUCCUUUUCUCAUGCUGGAUGAUUUUUCAGUGAGUCCUCCUGCUGGAUUUCCUGAUCAUCCCCACAGAGGUUUUGAGACUGUCACAUAUAUGCUACAGGGAGGCAUGACUCACCAAGACUUUGCAGGGCAUAAGGGUACAAUCAGAACUGGUGAUGUGCAGUGGAUGACAGCAGGCAGAGGAAUAAUCCACUCUGAAAUGCCUGCUGGAGAAGGAGCUCAAAAGGGUUUGCAGCUUUGGAUCAAUUUAUCCUCUAAAGACAAAAUGAUUGAACCAAGGUAUCAAGAACUUCUAAGUGAGGACAUAUCAAGGGCAGAAGAAGAUGGUGUUGAAGUAAGAGUUAUAGCAGGAGAGUCAAUGGGAGUCCGGUCUCCGGUUUAUACCCGAACACCAACAAUGUACCUUGAUUUCACUGUACAACCCAGAAGGCAAGUUCAUCAAAGCAUCCCAGAAUCAUGGAACUCCUUUGUGUACAUAAUUGAAGGGGAAGGCGUAUUUGGCACCCCAAACUCCUCACCUGUAUCAGCUCACCAUAUCCUUGUCUUGGGUCCUGGAGAUGGUCUAUGUGCUUGGAACAAAUCUUCGAAGCCGUUGAGGUUCGUGCUGAUCGCUGGACAGCCGUUAAACGAGCCUGUGGUGCAGCAUGGUCCAUUUGUGAUGAACACACAAGCUGAAAUUGAUAGAGCAAUUGAGGACUAUCAUUAUUGCAAGAAUGGAUUUGAAAUGGCAAAAUAUUGGAGAUCUCAAUGAGUCAGCAAAAUUAAAAAAGGUGUCACCAUCUUCAUCCAUAAGUGCAAUCAAGUAGGACGUGGAAAAAGAAAAAAAGAAGAAAUUUUAGUCAUUGGAGCAAAAGCUUCUAGAAGAUAUUCAAAUUGGAGUUGGAUCAAACUUUGGAAAUUUAUCACUAAAGUCAUGAUGGGGUUAGCUUAUUGUUAUUGUUCUUAUUAUUUUAUUUUUCUUUUUCAACAAGUAUAUUUUGUUUGUUUUGGUUAUCUUUAUGUGGUAGUUGAUGAUUAUAAUUUGGAUUUGUGUUUUAUCUC